GUCUGUAGGGAGGGGACCCGAGGGCGCGGGAACCCGGGAGGGGCUGUGGCGGAAUCCCCGAGACUGGCUGAGCUGGGAGCGCGUGAAAGAGAGCAACGCCGUGACUAGUGAAUGACUGAGAGACUGACACCAGAGAAGAGAUCUGAAGGGACAGAAACGAUGGCACGGAGGACAAGGGGGGCCCAGGGGUAGAUCCGGCUCUGCACUGGGAAGAAGGGCGGGACGUGGAGCAGAGAACAGCAGGUUUGGGGAUCGCUCUGUUCCCUGCUUACAGGUAGUUCCUCGAACUCAUGAAAGUAGCUCUGAAGUCCCUAACCCUUGGUUUCCAGUCACCAGGACCAACCGCCCCAUGUCAGACUGGCAUAGAAAAAGGAUGACCCCAGCACCAGAAAGCUGAGUGAAGUCAGCGAAAGAGGCCACCCUACACCGAGCAGCCCACCUGAGGUUUCCAUCCCGGGGAAGUGGGUACCAGGACUGGAAGGAAGGUACCCCGACACUGGCCGGGAUCCCGCUGCUGGCUGGGACCCUCACCCAUCUGUAUGUAAGGAAAGCAAGCAGCCGAGCCCAGAGAAUCACAGGAGGUCACCUUACUUUCAAGUCUCCAUGGCAGAAAAGGAAACCAUCCUCAAGAUCAGCAGGAACUUGAAAAAUGCUGUCUCUGCCAUCCUCCAGGGAUAUGGGGACGGGCAGGGGCCAGUGACAGACACAAGUGCCGAGCUACACAGACUCUGUGGCUGCCUGGAGCUGCUCCUGCAGUUUGACCAGAAAGAGCAGAGGAGCUUCCUGGGGGCUCGGAAGGAUUACUGGGACUUCCUGUUCACUGCCCUUCGGCGGCAGCGGGGAUACACAGAGCAGAUGAACUUCAUAUGCUCACAGGACAAGCUGAAGACCUCGCUAGGAAAAGGCCGUGCCUUUAUCCGACUCUGCCUUGCCCAUGGACAGCUGGCUGAGUCCAUGCAGCUGUGCCUCCUGAACCCACAACUCACCAGGGAAUGGUAUGGCCCUCGGAGCCCUCUGCUGUGCCCUGAGCUCCAGGGAGACAUCUUGGACUCUCUCUAUACCCUCAAUGGAGUUGCCUUCAACCUGGACCUGCAACGGCCAGACCUGGAUGAAGCCUGGCCCAUGUUCUCAGAAUCCCACUAUUCCAGUCCCAGCCGGACCCGGGAAAGAAGACCCAGAAAACCCAAAGGUUUUCCAGAGGAGGUGAGAUGCUCCAAGGGACAGCAGCUGCAGGGACCAGAGGCUGGAGGAACCAGCUGUCUUCAAGAUGCAACCACAGAAGACCUCCCACCUGACCUCCGUACCCCCUUGCAGCAAGACCAUCUUCCCACCUUUCUGGAAGAGAAGAGGGAGGAUUCCAGAAGCCUCAGUUGUCCCCAGAGCAUUUGGGAAACAGGAAGGGAAGGAUUUCGGCUAGACCAGGAGGGAGGCCCAAAGACCAGGAAAUUGCUGGAAAACUCAACAGCCAGCAUCCAGCAACAGAAGGGUGGGGCUAAGGAUGUUCAAAUGCAGCUGACAGGAAGGAAAGAUGAAGGAAAAGGAAGUCUGCCAGGGACGGAAGGUCGGAAAACAACAGAAGGGAUCCAGGAAAGGGCAACAGAUUGGAACCAUGCCCAGGAGCUGCUGGCCCCCAGCCUUCAGGGAAGGGAAGAAGAUGCAGAGUUGGGAUACAGGCAUGGGUGGGAUCAGCCUGGUGCUCUGGGGCAAUCCUGGGUCCUGGGAUCAAAGAAAGGUCCCACCACAGGGAAGCCACAAGAGUGGACAGGAGUAACCCGUGCAACCGUGCAGAAGGAUCAAACAGAAGUGCCCUUGCAGCAGGAGGUGAUCAAGGAGCCUGGGUACGGCCUCCAGCUGACAGAGGUACAGGCCCAGUGUCAAGAGCAGCUGCAGGCCCAGGAAGGAGAACUACAGGCACUCCAGGAGCAGCUCAGCAGGUGUCAGGAAGAAAGAGCCCUGCUACAAGCAAUGCUGGAACAGAAGCAGCAGGAGGCUGAGAGGAGGGCUGCCAUGUAUGAGAAGGAGCUUGAAGGACAGAGGGACCUGGUCCAGGCCAUGAAAAGGAGGGUGUUGGAACUGAUUCAGGAGAAGGACCACCAAUGGCAGAGACUCCAACAGCUGUCUACUGUGACCCCUGGACACUGCAUGGGCUGCAACAAGGUCUUUAGGCGGCUGUCUCGGCGGUAUCCUUGCAGGCUCUGUGGAGGCCUGGUUUGCCAUGCCUGCUCUGUAGACUACAAGAAGAGAGAGCGUUGCUGCCCAGCCUGUGCCCAGCAGGAAGAAAUCCAGGUCACCUGACCAAGAUAGCACAAGGAACCUAAGACCAGCCAGCCCACCAGCUCACUCUCGUCAUUCCUCUUCCCAACCCUGGUGUCUGACUACUUUUCUCUUCUGGGAGCUGGUGAGCUGUGACCCCAGCACUGCUGUGGAGGACCAGAGGGAACAGCUGGCAGUCCACAGAGAGGCCUAGCUCUGCCUUUCUCGUGCAAGGGGCUGAGUGGAAUGUGCCCACAGCUCUAGAAGCAUUGUGUCUGAUGAGGAAGACAUGCUGUAACCUCUUUGUAAAGUCCCUUGAAGCACAGUGAGUCAUGACCAUGAAUAAGAGCAGCCCAGGGCUCAGCUGUUUCCAAGCCACACUCUCCCUCCCCCAUCACCUAUAAGGAGGGAAGCCCAAAUUCACUGGGCUCUUCAGGAACCUUCCCUCUGAUCUCCUUCCAGGAUCAUUGUCUUGUCUCAUGUCUCACAGAUUUACUGACGUGUGGUUGACAUAUAAAAACAUUGUGUAAGUA